AUGAGUCUUUCCAGGGAAAGGAUUAAUGAGGAUUUGUUGUAUGAAGACAAUCACAUGGUAAGUAAAAAGGAAGUGUGGCACCCUGUAACAACAGCAAGUGAUGGUAAGUGUUUACUGGACAAUGGCAGCGAUUUGAAUCGCAUCUCACAGGCAUUUUUUGAAGCUAUUAAGAACACAGAGGGUAUAGUGGUGAUGCAUGUUUCUGGAAUAAGAAUUAUUGGUGCUGCUGGUAAGCUACCAAAGUGUGUUAAACAAGAGUUUCUUGAAGACCCAUUAAGGGCUGAUGACCAUAGUGUUUGGGUAAAGCAAGAUCCCGAACUGAAACACCAUGCUGCCGGAUCUGAGCAUAAUUCUGUUGAAGAUCCAUUGGGAAUAUCUUGGCCCAAUGAUUUUAUCAAGGAGGAUCCUGAAUUAAAUAUAACUGAGAAUACUUCUGUUAAAAAUCCAUUGGGAAUAUCUUGGUCCACCGAUUUUAUCAAGGAGGAUCCUGAAUUUAAUUUGGAAAUGAAUAUAACUGAGAAUAUUGUGGAAACCUCAACAAGAUACGCAUCUGAUAGUGCAAGAUUGACAGAGAGUACUGGUGGGAGCUGCGGCAUACCAUCUGAAGAAACUUGUCACCAUAGACUGGUGCAGGAUGAGUUGGUGAUAGAUAUGGAGAAGUCAGCACGUGGGUUCGGUACCAAUACAGAAGAUGUGACUACUGAUAAGGAAUGCUCAUUUGCCACCCGACAUGACUGUAGUACAAGGGAAAAGGAAUUAUAUGUAUACAGCUGUAAUUUCUGCCAACAGAGCUUUCCUUCAAAAUACAGACUCAUAAUGCAUGUGUUUACGCACAUUGAUGGAACGCAACCACCUUCGUAUGUUUGUAAGUGGUGUGGUGAGGUAUUUCACAGUAAUGUUAGUUUGAAAAAACAUUUGAGAAUGAGCGAUAAUUUUCAUGUCUUAACUGCUGACAACCAUGAAAAAUAUGGCUACAGUGAUGAGCAUCAAAGCAGUACCUUGUUGGAUAGCGAGCCAGACGUUUCUGUCACAGAACACAGUGAGCAAUCUUCAUGUAAGGAAACUUGGAAAGCUUCAAAAGAGUCCUCUAAUGACAAGUGUAACACACAUAUGACAGAUGAUAAAGAGAAAACAAGUAAUUAUGGAACUUUAUCUACAGCUAUUAAUGUCAGUGCCCAGGCUGAUCUACUUACUGCAAACAGAACCGACAGAGGUGGUACUUGGGGCAAAUUGUUUUCUAGGUCAGGUGAUCUGAAGGCACACGAAUUAAUUCACACUGGAAAGAAGCCUCACAAAUGUGAGAUUUGUGGGAAAUGUUUUGCUUUGCCACGCAGUCUCAAGAUACACAAAUUCAUUCACACUGGGAUCAAACCUCAUAAAUGUGAGGCAGCUACACAGGCGACAGGGAAAGAGAAGGUCAUAACACUCAGAUUUGCAACUGGUGCAGGUCUGGGCAGGGAUAUCUACACAUUUAAAACAUCUGUAGAUCAUGACAGUUGUACAAUAGCAGCAGUACAAUACUACAGCAAGGUUGAUUCCUACAUGGAGUAG